AUGAAUUCAAUCUUCUCAUACUUGCGAAUUCCGCUCUUUGCUUCGUCUGGACUCGCUGCGCUAGGAAGCAGUCUUCUAUACUUCAAGCAGAACGACAUCAUCUAUCCCGCAAAUCUACCCGCAGGUGCGAGGACGAACGUACCUACUCCGGAACAAUUUCACAUCGAGGAUGCCGAAUCUAUAAAGUUCCCGACCCCCGAUGGCGAAACCCUUCACGCCUACCUCUUGCGGCCCCCCACCCCAGCCCUGAAAAAGGACAUCACACUGGUCAUGUUCCAUGGCAAUGCUGGCAACAUCGGCCACAGAUUACCCAUCGGCAAGGUCUUGUCGGAAAGUUUGGGCUGCCAUGUAUUCAUGGUAGAAUAUAGAGGGUAUGGUCUAUCCACCGGCACCCCAGACGAGAGCGGUCUGUCCACCGAUGGACAAACAGCGCUGGAUUAUGUCCGCAACCAUGAAGAGUUGAGAAAAACCAAUAUCGUGCUGUAUGGACAGAGUUUAGGCGGUGCGGUCGCAGUGAAGCUUUUGGAAGCCAAUGAGCAGGCAGGCGAUAUCGCCGGCGUAAUUCUGGAGAACACAUUUCUGUCUAUGCGAAAGCUGAUCCCCACGGUGAUGCCGCCGGCCAAGUACCUUGCGGCGCUCUGCCAUCAGCAGUGGAACUCCGAAGAGACCCUGGCAAAGGUCAAGGACAAAGAUAUUCCCAUUCUCUUCCUCUCCGGCCUCCAGGACGAGAUAGUACCUCCAUCCAUGAUGAAGGCCCUGUACGAUCAAUGUCCGACGCAGAAGGUCUGGAAAGAGUUUCCGGCCGGGGACCACAACUCCACUGUCGCGGAGCCAGGGUAUUUCGAUGCCAUCUGGGAGUUCCUUGUCCGAGACGUCCUAAGAGGCGCUCGUAAGAAGAGCCUGGUAAGAGACAAUGUCAAUGUCGAUCGGGACGAGCUGUGGGCAUGA